AUGUCCUGCAAGCUCACCGCACAACUGCAGCGAAAGCCAAGAGGCCCCUAUGCACAGACUGAUCUGCAUUUCUUUAUGGCUGGUUUUCACGACGUUUUCCGGCUGCGCCGCCUUUACCAACCCAGCGAACAGGAGAAACGAACCGUGGAUGAACUGACCACCAAUAUGCGCACCUGGGCGCUGGGCCGAGGUUUGAUUGACCUGCCCGAGAGCUGGGAAAACAACGGCGCCGACGUGAAACUGUACUACGGGCUCACUGCCGACCACUCAACCGUAGUGGUGCGAGUAUUAGGCGAAGCCGUCAGUCAAAAACGCUUUGAUGAUGCGUUGGAAGAGCGAGAGUCCCGUAUCGCAGCGAUCAAAAACGAUGAACAGAAUGAUGCGCCUAUGCUCGUAUCGACUCAAUCGUUGACGCCACAACACAAGUUACUUCAGUACUACAAAAGGAAAACCCGGCGCCAAAGCUUUACCCACGAACUCCACCUCCUGAUCGAUGACGUCUACGUCAUGCUCCGCGCCGACUCUUACAACGGCGAGACAGCGCCAGUCGAAAACCGCCUGAAAAACCUUGCCACGCAAAUCUUCAAGGUCGAACCACUAAAUGCCGGUUCCGGUUUUGCCAUGGGUCCAAUCGUGAUCAGAAGCGACCAUGAUCAGGAAAUUGCCAGCUUCUCUUUCGGUCCUCCCGCUUCUGACGUGAGGUUGGAAAUCUACAUCAAUGCCCUAUCACCGGGUGAAACCGAAAGUUUGCAGGCCCGCGGAAAAGAGGGCGCAAGGAUCUUUCUCGCUGGUGAUUACGAAAAUCUACGGGGAGGCUUCAUUACCUUGGCUGAUAUGAGGGCUGAAGAAUCGCUGAUUGCCUUCAGCGACGACACACACCGUCAAAUACUCUUCGCAAGCGAAGUUUUUCGAGAUAACCCUUCUCUAAGUCGUCCCUUCCUGACCUUUCGCCUCAGUGCCGGCGGUAUGAAAAACGAAGCUAUUGAUCCCGACGAGCCGGAAGAUCUCGUUCGCUGGACCCUCCCCAGCUUCGCCCGCAAAGGUUACGACCUGCCGCUCUGGCAACAGCCCGAAGAACCUGACCCCGUGAAUCCAUCCCUGACCGACUACGAAGCCAUGGCCGUCUGGGACGCCAUCCUCAAAACCGUUCGAAUCCGCUUCGGCGCCGUCCCGCCACCCAAACCCGAUCCCUUCUAUUCCCCGGAAGCCCGAGGGCUGGUAGCAGAGGGCACGCCG